GUUCAGUAACUUCGAUCGUCUUUUUAUAGAAUUGAAAUUUGCAUUCUAUCAAUAUAUAAAUCGCUCUAAACUCAUUUGUACGAAAAGUAAAAAGUUUGGUUUUUAAUCUGAUAAAUAAAGUUGAAAGUGACAACGAUAUAAAAGCUUAAUUCGACAUCAUGUAUAAACCAAACCCAAGAGGAGGUCGUGGAGGUGGCGGAGCUCGCGGCGGUCAUGGGGGGCCUUAUAACGGCUCCUUCAACACACGCCAGUUCAGUUUUAAGCCCAUGAAGAACCCUAAUAAGCCUUAAAGACCACCCAAAAUAUGACACCUCUAGACGUCAAAUGGGAUAUGAGUGCUUUGCAGCCAUUUCGCAGAGAUUUUUAUGUUCCUCAUAAAGCUGUUGCGAAUCGCCAGCCAUUUGAGGUAGAUGAGUUUAGACGAUUGAAGAAUAUUACAGUCAGUGGGGAUCACACUAUUCCUGGGCCUAUAAAAUUUUUUGAUGAAUGCAACUUUCCACCAUUUAUAAUGGAUAAUUUGAAAAGACAAGGUUUUGCUGAACCUACGGCUAUUCAAGCUCAAGGCUGGCCCAUAGCAUUGUCAGGAUUAAAUUUAGUCGGUAUAGCUCAAACUGGUUCAGGUAAAACCUUGGGCUAUGUCCUACCUGCUAUAAUACAUAUUAGCCAUCAGCCGAAGCUGCAAAUGGGAGAUGGACCCAUUGUUUUGGUUCUCGCUCCAACCAGAGAAUUAGCUCAACAAAUUCAAGUAGUCACAAAUGAUUUUGGACAUGCCUUGAACAUCUCCAGUAUUUGUUUAUUUGGAGGAUCUUUGAGAGAACCACAAAUUCAGCAUCUACAACGUGGCUGUGAAAUGGUGAUUGCUACACCAGGUCGUUUAAUAGAUUUCUUAGAUAAAGGCACCUUAAAUUUGAAACGUUGCACCUAUCUAGUACUUGAUGAAGCUGAUAGAAUGCUAGAUUUAGGCUUUGAGCCUCAAAUACGCAAAAUCAUGAGCCAUAUUAGACCGGAUAGACAAGUCCUUAUGUGGUCAGCAACUUGGCCUAAUGACGUUCAAAAACUAGCCAAGGAUUUCCUGCAGAAGUUUACACAUUUGAAUGUCGGUUCUUUAGAACUAUCAGCAAAUCAUAAUAUUGUACAAAUUGUUGAUGUUUGUGCUGAGCAUGAGAAGGAUUUAAAGCUGAAGACAUUGUUGAGGGAAAUUUCAUUGGAGAAAGAAAACAAGACCAUCAUUUUUGUGAAGACUAAGAAGAAGGUUGAUGAGAUCACUAAAGCCAUUAUGAAACAAGGAUUGUUUGCUGCCAGUAUCCAUGGUGGUAAAAGCCAACAAGAUCGUGAUCAUGUUCUAUCAGCCUUCCGUUGCGGCCGCAAUAAGAUUUUAGUGGCAACUGAUGUUGCUGCUAGGGGUCUCGAUGUAGAAGAUGUAAAGUUUGUGAUAAACUUUGAUUUUCCAAACUCAUCAGAAAAUUACAUUCAUCGCAUCGGACGCACAGGCAGGAAUAAGCAAAGUGGAACUUCCUAUGCCUUUUUCACUCAACAAAAUGCAAGACAUGCUAAGGAAUUAAUUGAUGUUUUGCAAGAAGCUAGACAAGUAGUGAAUCCAAAGCUUAGUGAAAUGGCUCGCAAGACGUUUGGCAAAGAUUCAAAGUAUAAAGCAAAGAAUAAUACACACAUAUACAACGAAGCUCCAACCAACAAUGGUUAUAGUGCUAGGACUUAUAACAAUGUAGCACCAACUGCUAAUAAUUAUAACAAUUAUGGUAAUAGUAAUUUUGGGAGCAAUAUGACAAAUGGUACAGUUGCAACUGCCAAUACAGCCAGGCCGAUUGGUUUGCUGGGCUAUGAAACUACUGAGAAAAAUCAGUAUUCAGUGCCUCCGCCUAGUUUCCAGCAACAGCAGCAGCAGCAGCAACCACAAUAUCAACAAUCUCAUUAUCAACAACCGCAAAACCAACAUCAAUCUUACCAAUACCAAGGGUAUUAUUAGAAUAAAAUUGGACAGGGAAAAUUUGUUUCAUAUCAUCUCAUUUUUCAUUAACACACUAGCAUCUCAUUUUAUUACAUGACCAAAAAUAAACUAAUAUAAUCUGCAUGUAUACGUGACACGAUUAGGAAAUUUUAAUGUGUGCAAGAUAUAAUUUAUCUUGCCAUAAAUGUAUUAUCUCAAAUUAUGUGAUAUAGAUUUGAAA